GUGUGGAGUUUAAGAAAACAAACUGUUGUAGCUCAGUCAGUUAGAGAGGCAACAAUCUCAAAAUGUGUUGUAGCUAUUGCUCAAGGUGUCACAAAAAUUAUGUGGUUGGUUUCUUUGUUUUCUGAAUUGGGUCUUAAAUCUCAGCCUACACCAAUUAUUUGGAGUGAUAACAUGGCGGCUAAGAGCAUUGCAAAAAACCCGAUUUUUCAUUCUCGUACAAAACAUUUUGAGAUUGAUCUUCAUUUUGUUAAAGAAAAGGUUGAGAAGAGAGAAGUGGAGAUUAGAUACGUUCCUACAUCUAAUCAGUUGGCUGAUGUUUUUACUAAGAGUCUUCCUAAGAACAGAUUUCAAUUGUUGUGUGCUAAUCUGGGCCUACGGAUGUUUCCUGCUCAAGUAGCUCAGUCUAAGACAAAUGAAGAACAACCAUUGGUCAAUAGGAAGUUUGUUUUGAGGGGGAAUGUUGGAGAUCACGUGACAUGAGUAACUAGAAUUGUUAGCUUUCUCUAUGUUUUAGUUUUCUGUUAGUUGGCUGUUAUAAGUUAAGCCGGUCAAGCUUAUAAUAAAGGCUGGCUGAUUGUAUAUAUAUAUCAGCAUAGUCUUUCUUUUCUAUAUUAGAUUGAGGAAUUAAUACAACAUCAGUUCUCUCUCUCUCUAUUCCUCUCUAUUCAUUCCUCCGUUAUAUUGUAUUUCGACACCACACACAUGAACUAGACAAGCUCAUAUAUUAAACAUCCAUUCGCAUACUCAGAAUUAUUCAUUUUGCCAUGCACAUCAUAACCAUCCACAACCAUUAAUCAAUCAUAACAUAUAAUCCAACAAAUGCACACAUGACCACAAUAGAUUUCCCACCCUCCAAUAAUGGCAAUCAAGAUUAUAAGUUAGAGGAGCUUAUUAGAUGCUUGCAUGAUGAUUUGGGGGGUGAAUUGGAGGCAUCAAAAGAAGAAACAGGUGACUAAAGGGGCGGACCGGUCGAUAGACAAGUAGCAACUGUCGACAGCUAAAAGACAAUGCCAUGAUCGGUCGACAAAUUUGCCCCCAUCUGUCGACUGACAAACCCUUUUCAAGCAAAUGGUCAACAUAUGAGAAGGAACUGUUGACUGAGAAAAUGCAAUUUACACCACACACCACGAACCAACUACCAAACAGUCGACAGAUGAGAAGGAACUGUUGACCAACAGAACCAUUUUGAGUGAUCGGUCGAUAGAUGAGCCUUGAUUUUUCGACCAACAAACCCCUCUAAUACGAAGACCACUACACAUGAAGCCAAAAACAACAUGCAAGCAACACCAAAUUCUUGCAUACUACUUAACUCUAAUAGUAAACUCAUCAUUCCUUAAAAAAGAUGGAGUGGACCAAAACUCCAUUUGGACCUUUAAAGCAAUUUUCUAAGAAUUCAAGGAAAACUAAACAAUUUAUAAACAACCAGGUUAAAACCCUCUUCACCAAACAUAUAAGGGUUUUCGGAAUCCAAAACCCGAAAACGGACAAUCUAAGGACACCGAAUCAAGUGGAGAAUCAAGACAUACAACUGUAGGGGAAAAGGAGGAGAAGGAGAACUUGCAUAGGAACAAGGAAGAAAAAAAACUUGCUAUAUAUAAAGAGAGAAUGGGAACUUGCCUUAGAUAGAUGUUUGAUAGCCAAACUGAAGAACAAGCUGCCAAGACCACAACCCCCCACUUCCAAAGCUUCUGCAACCAAUAAGAUGGAGAGAAACAGAAGGAAUAAGAAGAGAAGAAGAACACUAGAAGAAGAAGAGAAGAAGAAAACUUACACGCUAAGGCCCCCGACAGCCCAAACAUAAAACACACACACACAUAUAUAUAUCUGUUGGAUUAUGAGGAUACCCAAGAUUAAGGCAAUGGAGAUUUGGUUAGGAUUAAUUCCCAAACUAGAAUUAGGAUCUUAUAUAUAUCUUUCCUUUCUUUUCUAUUGUUGAUUAUCUUUCCUCUCUUGUAUCUUUCCUUUCUUGUUAUUUCCUUUCUUGUUGUAUUUUCUCUCUAUAAGAGAGCUGGUUGUAUUCAUAGUUAUUAAUGAAAAAGUAUUAGGUUUAUCCUAGAGAUUUUACAUGGUAUCAGAGCCUAAUAGGCUAAUACACUGAAACCCUAGUGCCUUCAUUGCACCAGCCGCCACCCUUUCAUUGGGUUCCUCUUCACCAUCGAUCGUAACCCGUUAGAGUGCCUUUAGCGCACUGUCUGGCCACCAGCACCAUCACUGCCAGUGAGGUCGCCACUAUCAGAUCGGCCGACCAUCGGAGACCCACCGCCGUCAGAUCCUCCACGCGCAGUCACGCGCCAUCUCCCAGUUCGUCUUCGACCCCACGCGCCAGCGCGUGAACCACCCUCUUGCUUCCAGCUUCUCCAGAUCAAGCCUCCGACAUUUUUCUCACUCAUCCCUGGUGUUCAACAUACCUUCAUCGCAUCCACCCUCUUCCUCACCAACUGGAUUAGCCAUGUCGGAACAAUCGGGAGUGACUCCAGAUCUGGAAACUAGAGAAUUAACUCCAAUGGCUCAAGUAAUGGAAGCCGGAACUGGAUCAGGGAUUGGAGAGCUGCCCGGAAUCCAUCAAUCCUACCGAUUAGAUGGUAGGAAUUAUUUACAAUGGGCCCAACUGGUACAAACAUUCCUCAAGGGUAAAGGAAAAAUUAGCCAUUUGACUUCGGCUCCUCCAAAACCAACAAAUCCAGCACUUUCAGCAUGGGAGGUAGAAGAUGCUCAAAUCAUGUCAUGGCUUUGGAAUGCCAUGCAACCCGAGGUAAGUAAAAACUACAUGUUUUUGGGUUCGGCUAGAGAGAUUUGGGAAACCAUACGGCAAACAUACUCCAAAAUUCAUGAUGCAUCAGUUAUAUUUGAGGUUAAAACUAAAAUUAGUAGCACUAAACAAGGGGGCAUUAGUGUUACUGAAUACUAUAAUAAGAUGCAUGGCUGAUGGCUAGAGUUAGACCAUUAUCAGAAUAUUAAAAUGGUAUGCAGUGCUGAUAUUGCAACUCUUAGUCAAAUAUUUGAAAGAGAUAGAGUGGUUGAGUUCCUAGCAGGCCUCAAUUCAGAGUUUGAUCAGAUCCGGGUGCAAAUCUUAGGGAGAGAAAAGCUUCCAGCACUCCAUGAGGUUUUUGCUAUGGUUAGAAGUGAGGAGAAUCGAAGAACAGCAAUGCUUCAUGAAGCUGGAUCAGAAAGAUCAGCCAUGAUCUCCAAUCGAAGGGCUGCUGUAGUGACUGAAAUUGGUUCAGAAAAAUCAGCCAUGGUGUCCAACAGAGGAGGCGGAUCAAGGAUGAAAGGAGGCAGGGGAGAAUUUCAGUCUCGGGCUGCAAAUAAAGAGGCACUAUGGUGCACCUUCUUCAAUAAACCGAGACAUACUAGAGAGACUUGUUUCAAGCUCCAUGGAAAGGAAGUGGUAUUAAAUCGUUUGGGCAGUUUUAAAAAUCUGGCAGCCAAAAAUCAGGCAUAUGUAUGCAGCAAGGGUCAAGAAGAAGAGGGAUUAACUAACCAAAGUGAGCCUGCUCCAGGUGCAGAUUUUUUAAACACUGAAGAGAUCUCAAAGCUGAAGCUAUUCCUCAAGACCCUACAAGAUGGUGCAUGCUCUCUUGCACACAAAGACUCCUCAGGCCAUGACAACAGGGAAGAUGAUUGAUGCUACUAGAGAAUGCAAUGGGCUGUACUACCUGAUGAGGGAAGACUCUUAUCCUACAAAGAAACAGCUUCCAACUGCUGCCUACUCAUCUCAGUC